AUACAGCGCAGCGAUUAUUAGACGCGCUUCUUGUGAUACUGCAACGGCUGAACAUACCCGGGACUGUGCAAAGCAUUUCACGGCGUCUUCCUGCGACGAGGCUUCAGAAGGAGUCCAUCCGAGCAUUUCAAUUGGCUGUUUUGCCCAGAUAAGAGAUUUGCCCUUGUUGUGGAGAGACGACUGUCUCUAAAUGAGUUGCGCUGGGCGGCCACUUGCCACAGUAAAUCAGGUUCAGUUCGCCGGAGAUGAACCUGAAAGUGUUUUCAAUUAAAAACAAUUCAGAAUUUCGUGGAACUGCCAUAUCAAUGUUGCUGUCAUCCAUCUAAAGUUGAUUCUUCAUGCAAUACUCGCGGGCGCGGCACAGAGAAGAUCAACUACACUUCAAUAUCGUGGGACGUCGAGUAAUAUCGUGUCUGAAUCUGUUGUAUUUAAACUGGGGAGAAACGUCUUGCCAAAGAUUUGAAAGGCCGCAUUAAUGUGUGGCAACUUACCGUGCUUGAAAAAGAAAACUGAAAGAUCUUUAGAAAUUGAUGAGUCCAAAAAUGGAUGGUAACGUGUCAUUGGGGUUUAUCUGUGAAAAGACGUACCAUCAUGAUGAACUCACUGUACCGCGGACUGUACUCACAGCACUGGUAGCACUGCUAAUCAUUGGCGGGAACUCGCUGUGCCUUGUUUGCCUGCGCAAAACAGAUGCAUUUUCUGGCACCACCAAAGUUUUCAUGACUUCCUUGACAUUGGCCGAUCUGUCAAUGGGCGUUGUAAUCUGCACGCCAUCGGCCAUCUCGGCCGCUGCGUCCAGAUGGCUGCUGGGGCACGCCACCUGUUUGAUAACUGCCCACCUCAACUUUUCCCUGGUGACCAUUUCCGUGUUGUCGCUCCUCAUGGUCAGCGUGGAUCGUUACAUCGCCGUCACCAGGCCACUUCGCUACACAACUUGGGUGACCACCUGUCGUGCCACGACUCUCGUUGUUGCCGUGUGGCUGUCGACCCUCAUCAUCAGCCUCAUCAUCUUAAUCCAGUGUGGCUUGCAAGUGUGCUAUGACGCCAUGUUGAACAUCUGCAUCCCUAUAAAAGAGAGAGCCAUAAACUUACAUACACUGGCUAGCUUCAUUGUUGUCACCCUGGUGUCAUAUUUGUCAUGUCUGGCGAUCUAUGUUCGACUGUAUCUGAUAGCACGAGAUCAUGCAAAUCGCAUCCAGUGUGUAAGCGAUAACGUCAACCCUGCUGACAGACAAGUUAGACAUCCUCGCUCCAAAGCAACAGCUACUUUCGCCAUGGUGGCCGUAGCCUUCGGACUGGCCUACGUCCCGAUGAUAGCCAUCGCAGUGCAUUUCCUUGUCGUCGGUAUUGGAUGCUCGCUGGCUAUAUGUGGUCUGGCAUCGGUAUUUACUCUUUCCAAUAGCUGGUGGAAUGUAGUCAUAUAUUCCAUCAGGAUGGCCUCUUUCAGACAAACUUUGAAAGGCCUGUUUCGGCGUCACUCUCCAUAGAUAUAGAGCAAGGCCUGCGACGGUUGCGCGGCCGAUCACACCUCGUGUAUACCACUGUCAUAAAAAAGGAUUAUUAAUUGUAUUAAUCUAAUUGUACUCUUAUGCUGUAACUUUGUGUGGACUUUAUCCCUAGACCAGCUUGCUCAU